UGUUAACCAGAAUGCCAGGGCUCCCCAGUGCGGAAGAGAGGGAAGCCCCUGUCCCGGGGACCUAGAGCGCCGGGUGGGUAAGGGUCCGGUUUACAGGUGGUCGGACUCGGCUCCUGGGAAGAGGGGGUUUCCCGGGCAUUCCUCUAGGCCAAGGGCUGGUAGAGGUAAAGUGAGCGGAGCGAGAAGGAUGAAGACAAUUUCCAGCAAGGAACUUGGGACCCCAAGAUCCGCGAUCUGAGCCCCCGGAACGCCCCCUGCCCCAACCCUGCCGGGCCUCAGCCCCUCAUUAGCCCAUCAGCAGUCCCCCGAGCCUGGACCGGAGGCAGUCCCGGAGGCGGAGAGACAUGGGAGUCCCGACUAGCCCGCAGGAUGGGAGCCAGGAGGGGUCUGAUCACCCUGAGGGCCAAUCCGAAGUCGGGGAGACCGGCGAGCAAGGAGUCUCCGAGGCCCCUGGGGAGCCCCGGGCCCCCAGCACAGCCUGCAGGGAAGAAGAGGAGGAUGAAGAGGGGAGCGGAACGGAAAGCGGUCGGGACCAGGGCGAAGCCCCGCCCCCUGAGACACCCGCGGUAGAGGGGCUGAGAGGGGCAGCCCGGCGGCUGAGGGGGCAGCAACUAGAGGCGCUGACCCGAGUGGCCCUGAUGGAGCAGCGGGUAAAGGAGCUGCAGCAACAAAGAAAGGAGCUGAGGAUUGAGAUGGAGGUAGAGGUGGCUUUGAUUGGAGGGGAACUGGCUGGCGAGCGGGUGACUGUCCAGAGGGAAGAGGAGCAGCUGCGGGAGCUUCAGAGGCAGCAGGAGGCAGCUGAGCAGAAGGCGGGGGAGCAGAGGGAGCAGGAGCAGCAGCGUCUAAGGGAGGCCCGGGCCCGGAUGGAGGCCCUUCAGCAGAAGCUAGAGGAGGCUCAGGCCAAACUGGACUCCAAGCCUGAGGGGGACAGGGAGGGACUGUUGAAGGGGGUCCAGGAGGUAUCUGAGCAGCUGGAUGCUGCUCAUCGGGCCUAUGAGGAUCUGGAGUUCCAACAGUUAGAGAAGGAGAGUAGUCGUGACGAGGAAGUAGAUGGGCCAGGGCACCAGGGGCUGGACCCCAAGAUCCGAGAGCUACAGGGGAGCCUGGCCCAGCACAAGCGUCGAAUCCGGGUCCUAGAGGAGCAGCUGGGCUCACUCGUGGAACAGAUGUUAGCGGAAAAGCAUGGCCUGAGUCAGAAGAAGGAAGAGGCGCUGCAGGCCUUGAGCCAGGAGCGCAAUCGGCUUUUAGAACUCAGCCACCUGCAGGGGACCCAGAGUGGAGACAACAGUUUCUCUGAGCAGAGCCGGGCCCUGACCAAGCUCCUGUUCACCCACAAGACAGAUCGGCAGCUCCUGGUACUACAGGAUUCCUCGGCCCCAGCAUCAAGCACCAGCUCCUCCUGCCUCUUCUCCGUGCACAGCUCCCUCCAGGGCUCCUUCGGGCUCCAGAGAACAGGGAGUUUGCCUCGGAGAAAAGGAGACCGGCCCCGACAGAGGGGGUCUGCUAGACCCCUGUCCCUGCACUGCAGCCGGCCCCUGGAGGCCUCUGCCCUGCCACCCCCACCAGGGGACCCCCAGAGACACCCCCUGUACCAGCUGCUGAACUGUAGCCCUGGAACCAGCUGUGGAGUCCCCCAUCCUGAUAUCCUUCGAAUGGAGAAGCUGCUUCAGCAGGCCAUGGCAGAACGAGAGCGACUGCUGCAGGCUCGGGAGGGGAUGAAGAGGAGCAAGGAGGAGGCCCGGUCGAUUCCAGCCAUCAUGUCCCCGCCUCCGCCGCCACCGCCACCCCGUCCACCAGGACCCCGGGUUCUGGACUUGCACCAGCACCUAGAACGCUGGGGCCACAGCCCAGAAAGCUGUCCUCAUGUGCGGGUGACCAGCGGCUGCUGCCGGGGGCCGCUGGUGAAGGUGGGGGGUCGGAUCAAGACCUGGAAGAAGCGGUGGUUCUGCUUCGACCGUCAUGCCCGCCGGCUCGCCUACUACGCUGACAAGGAGGAGACCAAACUGAAGGGAGUGAUCUACUUCCAAGCCAUAGAAGAGGUAUAUUAUGACCACCUGCGGUGUGCCUUCAAGAGCCCUCGCCCCCGCCUGACAUUCUGCGUCAAGACUUACGAGCGGCUCUUCUAUAUGGUGGCCCCCAGCCCAGAGGCCAUGCGCAUCUGGAUGGACGUCAUCGUGACAGCGGCGGAUGAGAACCACGCCCCCUGAUCCAGGCCUGCUCAACUGUCCCGAAAGUCCCACCUCGUCUGAACUUGCCCCAACCGCACCUCCUCUACUGCCGAGUAGUGACAAAGCCCAGGCCUUCCUGGCCUUUCUGGGCCUCACUUUCCCCAUCUGUAAAAUGAAGUUAGACGAGCUAACCUCUGAGGUCCCUUCCAGCUCGAUCCCAGAAGCUAUGAAUUUGCCCCCAACGAGGUCCCACCCACUGCUCAAAGUUUAAAGCCCGGGCGUACUAGUCCUCGUAACUUUCUCGGGAAGGCCCCGCCCUCUGCCGAACGUUCGUACCCCCGUGUUCUAUAGCUUGUAACUUUCCCCGGGAGGCCCCGCCUUCUGCCGAACGUUCGUACCCUCAGUGUUCUAUAGCUUGUAACUUUCCCGGGGAAGCCCCGCCCUCUGCCGAACGUUCGUACUCGCAGUGUUCUACGUAGCUGGUAACUUUCCCCGGGAGGCCCCGCCUUCCGUUCGUACCCUCAGUGUUCUAUAGUACCCCUAGCGCUUUCUCCCUCCGAAUUCUCUCCCAGGAAGGCCAGUCCCCUGGGAACAGUCGUCUUCGCCCUGGGGGCUACCCCUGCUCGGCCGGUCCGAGUUAGGCUUCCCAAGUGCCCGGGUUGAGGAGGCUGACGGCUUCACCCCGCGGACUCUCCGGUCAUUGGGGCGCGCGGGGGCGGGGGAGGAAGGUUUAUUUAUUGACGCGCCUGUGAGGUUAAAUUAAACACUGAGGAAAAA